UAAAAAAAAUACCAAAAAGAUCAAAUCAAGCUAUCAAGCUCCUCGUCGUCGCUAGCGAAAAAACUGAUGAAAACUAUUUGUCGUGGCAAAAAUCGAAAAAAUCAACUUGUGCAAACAGAAAAAUAAAAUCAACAAAAUAAAUAUAAUUCAAUCCAGUUCAAUUAAUCAAUAAUCUGCAAUUACUGUGUUUUUGUGGAGCGGGUGGAGCCGGAAUAAGUUCUUUAAAGUACACAAGAGACAAGACGUUUUGUAUGUUUCUUGGUGGCAGUGAAGCUGAUGGAUUUUCUUGCUCGUCUACAAAUCGAGCGAUCCUUCUGCUAUUACUGUCGUCAACUCAAUAAACAAAAAUAUUCCAUAGCAAACUUAACUUAACUUCAUCUAGCCAACCACCACUCAAAACAAAAAAAAGACCACUUUCACUUGUUCAGGGACAACAAGAAGCACACAGCUAAAAUUAAGUCAAGACAAAAAACUAGGCAACUCAGAGCCGUAAUAUAAACAUGUCUCCGAAGUGGAGCUCGCUUCUUACCAAUGCAAUCGUCGUGAGGUGUUUCGUUGUCAGUCUCAGUUGAGUUCGGCAGUUAACAGUGUGCGGUUGUUUUUUUUGUUGUCUUUAAAAAAGAGCGUAUAACUUAAACUAACUUUGUUUUUUGUUUCUCUGUUUUUUUUUUUUAUUGCCAAAACUAUAAACAUAAACAUUAAUCAUGGCAACAUUUGAAGAAUUAAAUGAACGCUUGACCAAAGUUGGCCAAGAGCAUUUACUCAAAUUCUGGACAGAAUUGUCCCAUAAAGAGCAACAGGAACUAGCUGCCGAUAUCAAAGAGUUGCAAUUGAAUGAGUUGAAGCAUUAUUUUGAUCGUUGUACGGCAUCGUUGAGCGAAGACGGAAUCAAACUGGACGACCGUCUGCAGCCGAUUCCAGAGUGCAAAUUUGUAAGCAUUGCGCGGUCGUCCGAUGACAUUCUGAAUGAGUAUCGGAAUGAAGGAUAUAGACAGAUUAGCAAGGGACACGUUGGCGUUAUUCUUAUGGCCGGUGGACAAGGAACCCGCCUCGGUUUUGCUCAUCCCAAAGGCAUGUACGAUGUUGAACUUCAGUCGCGUAAGACCCUCUUCCGCAUACAAGCUGAACGUAUCCUGAAAUUGGAACAAUUGGCCUUUGAUUACACCGGACAACGUGGUCGAAUUACUUGGUACAUUAUGACUUCGGAACACACAAUCAACGCAACUCUGGAUUACUUCGUCGCCAACAACUACUUCGGAUUGAAGAGAGAGAAUGUGAUUCUGUUUGAGCAAGGUUCUCUACCAUGUUUUGAAUAUGAUGGUAAAAUAAUUCUUGACCAAAAGCACCGAGUUGCACGUGCUCCCGAUGGCAACGGAGGAAUCUACCGUGCCAUGAAGAAUCGUGGAAUUUUAAAAGAUAUGACCACAAGAGGUAUCCAGUACCUCCAUGCUCACAGUGUUGAUAAUAUUCUCAUCAAAGUCGCCGAUCCGGUAUUUAUUGGUUUUUGUGUCAAAGAGAAUGCUGACUGUGCAGCCAAAGUUGUUGAAAAAUCCAACCCUAACGAACCGGUGGGAGUAGUAUGCAUGGUCGAUGGCAAAUACCAAGUCGUUGAAUACAGUGAGAUAACAGCUAAAACAGCCGAGAUGCGCAAUUCCGAUGGGCGACUCACAUUCAGUGCUGGAAAUAUUUGCAACCAUUUCUUUACGUCGGCAUUCUUGCACAAAGUCGGUCACAAUUUCGAGUCUGAACUCAAGUUGCAUGUUGCCAAGAAGAAGAUUCCAUUUGUAGAUAAUUCUGGCAAACGAAUUACACCCGAAAAGCCAAAUGGCAUUAAAAUUGAAAAGUUCAUCUUUGAUGUCUUUGAAUUUGCUCAGAAAUUUGUUGCCAUGGAAGUUCCCAGAGACGAGGAAUUCAGUGCAUUAAAGAAUGCCGAUAGUGCUGGCAAAGAUUGCCCAUCCACAGCCAGAAACGAUCUUUAUCGAUUGCACAAGAAGUACAUUGAAGCUGCUGGUGGAAUUGUACAUGGCAAUGAAUGUGAGAUCUCACCAUUCCUUAGUUAUGCUGGCGAAAAUUUGGAACAAUUGGUCAAAGGAAAGUCCUUUACAUCGCCUGUUUACUUGCGUAGCAACAUGGAUUCCAUGAAUGGUCAUCUGUAAAGAGACAAACAACAACAACUGUAAACUACAAAAAUACUUAACAUUCAAUUUUUAUCUACUCACAUUGCUUAAUUUUUUUUUGUGUUUUUUUUUUUUUUAGAAAUGUACCGUUACAUAUAUGUAAAAUGUAUAAUUGGUGUAACUAGAACUUACUAUUAGUUAUGUAAGAUCUUAGGGCAACAAUGCCAGAGAGAAUAUAUUCCCGGAUUUGCCAAUUUAGUAUUCGUAUUCAUAAAGUUGUUAAUUGUUAGUCGACUUAGAUAUAGUUAUUUUUUUUCGUUAUUAUUUCUGUUAUUAUUUUUUUUUGUUUAAAAAGCCUUAAAUCUUUUUUUAGUUCAUAAACAUUUUUAUUAUGAAUGAGGGAAAUGUUGUUUUAUUUUUUUUUUGUUUUGUUAAAUAAAAAGGAAAAAAAAAUAUAUAAAUAAUGUCUUACAAAGUGCAAUCGAAUUUUAAAAUUAUUUAAUAAAAUAUAUUUUUGUUUUAUUAUGGAGAUAGAAAAUUUGUUACAAAAAAAAAAUAUAAAAAUUUUAAAAAACAUUUCUACAAAAAGUUAUAUAAUUUUGUUUUAUGUAUAUUCAAAAAAAAAAAAACAAAACCUGCAUGGUUAUUUGUAUAAAAAAGGCUGUCACACAUCCUUAGGGAGUUGUUGACUUGUGCACUUAGACUGACUUAGUUGGUAUAAAUAAAUAAAUAAAUAAAUAAAAUUUAUGAGUUGAAAUGAUAAUUAAUAAAAAGAAAUUGAAUAAAUCAUAUCUCAUAAAAGUGAA